GUAAGUGUCGCAAACCAACACCGCUGUCGUGAAAACUAGCCGCCCCCUAAAGAUGGCGGCGGAGCUGCAUCCCCGGAGCGGAAAGCUGGUCGGCCUGUCCAACUCCAACCGCACCGCCCGGCGCAAUCAGCCCGUCCAGGAGUUCAACCACGGCCUGGUGCUCAGCAAGGAGCCGCUGAGGGACCGGGACGUCUUCACUGUCCGUAUCGACAAGAAGGUCAACUCGUGGAGCGGCUCCAUUGAGAUCGGCGUGACGACGCUGGACCCCGCCCUGUUGGACUUCCCUAGCAGCGCCACGGGCCUGAAGGGCGGCUCCUGGAUCGUGUCGGGCUGCUCCGUGCUCCGGGACGGCCGCUCGGUGCUGGAGGAGUACGGCCGUGACCUGGAUCAGCUGGCCGAAGGGGACCGGGUGGGCAUCCAGCGCAGCUCCCGCGGUGAGCUCCACUUGUGGGUCAACGGCCAGGACUGCGGCCCCGCCGCCAGCGGCUUGCCCCCCAAGCUGUGGGCCGUGGUGGACCUGUAUGGCAAGUGCACGCAGGUGACGGUGGUGAGCUGCGAGCCGCCCCUUCCCUCAGCCGAGCGAGAGACUGUAGUUCGGGACGAGGAAGAGGAGGAGGAGGAGGAGGAGGAGGAAGAAGAAGAAGAUGCGGUGGUCUGCGGGGUGCGAGAGGAUGCGGGCAUCACGGCACUGAUGAAUGUGGCGGCGAUGAAUGGAGUCAUGAUGGGAGACGAAGUGCCUGAGCUGAGUUGCGGUCACAGCAGACCAGACAAGUUCCCCAACAACCUGGAGCCAGACGCAGUUCUGACAGAACACCAGCUCUUUGACGUGUUCAACAACGCGAUAGUGUCUUUUUACCGAGCCGAGGACGAGGGCGGAGGGGAAGAAGAAGGCGGCGGCGGUGGCACAGGAGGGAGCGGAGCCCCCGGGAGUGACUUGUCGUCGUCGAGAAAUGACGCGAGGAGCGGCAGCAGAGGAGGGCCGUCGAGCAACGACAGCGGGACGGGAGCAGGGGACGCCGGGAACGCCGGGAGCACCGGGAACGCCAACAGCGGAGCAGGAGGCGGGUCGGGGGCAGCGGCGGGCGGCCUGACCACCAAUGACGCGUUACUCUUCCACGAGAAGUGCGGCACCUUGAUCAAACUUAGCAAUAACAACAAGACUGCGGAGAGGAGGCGACCGCUGGACGAGUUCAACAACGGCGUGGUCAUGACCAACCGGCCGCUGCGACACAACGAGAUGUUCGAGAUCCGCAUUGAUAAGCUGGUGGACAAGUGGUCGGGUUCCAUCGAGAUUGGCGUGACCACACACAUCCCGAACAAUCUGGACUAUCCUGCAACCAUGACCAACCUGCGUUCAGGCACAAUCAUGAUGAGCGGCUGUGGAAUACUGACCAACGGGAAAGGCACCAGGCGGGAAUACUGCGAGUUUAGCCUGGAUGAGCUACAGGAGGGAGAUCACAUCGGGCUGAUGCGCAAAGCCAGCGGUGCACUUCACUUCUACAUCAACGGCAUCGACCAAGGUGUCGCGGCGGCGCAGACCCCCGGCGUGGUGUACGGCGUGGUCGACCUCUACGGCAUGGCCGUCAAGGUCACCAUUGUCCACAAUCACAACCACAGCGAGCGCCUCCGCCGCAACAACGCCAUCAUGAGGGCGAUGUCUCCCGACGUCGGGCGGCCCCGGCCCACCCUCACUCCGGACUCGGACGCCCCCGAGCGCCUUCUCUUCCACGCCAACUGUGGCCAGAAAGCCGCCAUCAUCAGCGAGGGCAGGACGGCACUGAGGCCUCACGCCACGGACGACUUCAAUCACGGCGUGGUCCUCAGCAGCAGGCCGCUGCGCUCCAAUGAAGUGUUCCAGGUUCGGAUUGACAAGAUGGUGGACAAGUGGGCGGGUUCCAUCGAAAUCGGCGUGACGACGCACAACCCCGCCUUCCUGCAGCUGCCCUCCACCAUGACAAACCUGCGCUCGGGGACCUGGAUGAUGACAGGGAAUGGCGUGAUGCACAAUGGAACAACAAUUCUAGAUGAAUACGGACACAACCUAGAUCGCCUCAAAGCGGGGGACACCGUUGGCGUCGUGCGCAAAGAAGACAGCAGCCUCCACUUCUUUGUGAACGGCAUCGCUCAGGGCCCAGCAGCCUGGAACGUGCCCCCCAACGUCUACGCUGUGGUGGACCUCUACGGCCAGGCCGCUCAGGCCACCAUCAUGGACGACAUGGUGGACCUUCCCCCCCUCCCCGAGGACAGCUCAGAGGGACCCACCGCCAUGUCCCCGGGGAGCCCCUGCUCAGUAUUGGGGGCCAGCGCCGCCACCGACCUGCGUUUCCACCACCUGCACGGCACCAACGCCGUCAUCACCAACGGGGGCCGCACCGCUCUGCGCCAGAACUGCCGCAGCGAGUUCAACGACGCCAUUGUCAUUUCCAACAGGUGCCUUCGAGAUGGAGAGCUCUUUGAAAUCAUCAUUCAGAAGAUGGUGGACCGCUGGUCAGGUUCGAUAGAAGCAGGGGUGACGGCCAUCAGGCCGGAGGAGCUGGAGUUCCCCAACACGAUGACCGACAUCGACUACGACACGUGGAUGCUCAGCGGGACGGCGAUCAUGCAGGACGGCAACACCAUGCGCAACAACUACGGCUGCGACUUGGACUCGUUGACGUCGGGCUCGCGCAUCGGCAUGAUGCGCUCGGCCGUCGGCGACCUUCAUUAUUACAUCAACGGCGUGGACCAGGGUAUUGCCUGCUCCGGUCUGCCGCCGGAGGUGUUUGCAGUGAUUGACCUGUACGGUCAGUGUGUUCAGGUGUCCAUCACCAGCUCCUCGGGCCCGCUGGACAACAGCUUGUGCACGAGCAAUGUCACCGAGAAGAGUUUCCCGAUCCACUCUCCGGCAGCAGGAGUUGCCCACCGGCUCCACGGUAAACAUGGAAAGAACGUGGUGCUGCUUGGCGAGGGGUGCCAGGCUGUCCGAGUGGGGGGUUACGCCCACGGCAUCGUUUUCAGCGCAAAAGAACUCAAAGUGGAUGAGCUGUUCGAGGUGAGGAUCGCCGACGUGGACGAGCAGUGGUGCGGUUCGCUGCACGUCGGGCUGACCACGUUGCCGCCGCCCGAGCUCCCGUCGUGCCCGCUCUCCGGCUUCUCCCCUUCCCUCCCGCAACUUCGCGCCAAGGUCACCUGGCUGCUCUGCGGCUCGGAGGUUCGCCGUAAUGGCGUGCUGCAGCGCCAGAACUACGGCCGCUCGCUGGACCGUCUGACGGUUGGGAACCGCGUGGGUGUGAAGCGGUGCAGCGACGACACCAUGCACAUCUUCAUUGACGGCGAGGACAUGGGACCCGCGGCCACCGCGGUUGCAAAAAAGGUGUAUGCCGUCUUGGACUUGUACGGGCGGAUCACGGCGGUAUCCAUCGUCAGCUCCACGCUGCCGGAGGACGCCGAUGGCGUCAAGGCGCCGUCGCUGUCCUCGGGAAGCUGCAGCGAAGGGGAAGAAGACAGCACGCCGGUCAGAGAGGCCGCGGGUGAGCCGUGCGCAACGGCGCCCACCGCCAUGGCUUUCCUGGAAAACCACGGGAAGAACAUCCAGCUGUCCAACCAGAAGCUGACGGCAGCCAGGGUGUCGAGCUACAACCAAGGCCUGCUCGUCACCGCGCAGCCGCUGACCACGCAGCAGCUCUUCCAGUUUCAGAUCGACCGCCUCAAUCCGUCGUGGACGUCGUCGCUGUCGCUUGGGGUGAUCGGUCACUCCCCGGACCGGCUCAACUUCCCCUCCACGGCGUGCUGCCUGAAACGCUCCGCCUGGCUGCUGCAGCGAGACUCCAUCUUUCACAACUCGCUCAAAAUAUGCGAGAACUACGGCCCUAACUUGGACACGUGCCCUGAAGGGACUGUGUUGGGUCUGCUGGUGGAUGCCAACAGUUGUCUCCAUCUUUAUGUCAACGGCAUGGACCAGGGGGUGGCAGCGCAGGACAUUCCCUCCCCCUGCUACCCCUUCAUCGACCUGUACGGCCAGUGCGAACAGGUUACCAUCAUCGUGGAUAGCAUCCCAGCUGCGGGUGGAGAGGAUGACGACGGCCGUUGUCAGGGCGACAUGGAGAAGGCGGACGUGGUCGACGGCAUCAAAGAGAGCGUGUGCUGGACACCCCCUCCCGACGUCAGCCCCAACAAGUCGUGCGAGUACCAGGGACUGUGCUCCCGCUUCAAGGACCUGCUCACCCUACCAGACGGCUACUUCAGCGAAGACGCAAAGUACAACCUGUGCUACUGCGAGUCCUGCCGCAAGCUGCGGGGAGACGAGCCUUAUUACAAGCGAGGAGAGCCCCCCCGGGACUACGCUCUGCCUUUCGGAUGGUGCUGCUUUGCCCUCAGGAUCAAGUCCCACUGCGAGGUUUCUAACGCACUGAAGAAGUGGCACAUCGCGUACCACGGCACCAGCGUCGGGGCCCUGCGGCGCACGCUCGACCACAGCCAGCUGCUGCCCGGGACGUCGUCCGUCUUCUCGGUGGCUCCGGCGAAGGCCGAGGGGCCCGACGGCUACGGCGACCCGGAGGAGAACAGCGCCCCCGGUAGGGAGGUGCUCAGGGUGAGGCUGUCCCCCACAAUGCGCUACUCGGGUUUGGAGACGUUUGCUCCUAAAGUGCAAUUUCGGGACCCUCGCUCUCACCGCCGCCACCAGGCCCAGGUGGGCUUCCAGGUGUGCGUCAGGCCGGGCUCCUACAAGGCGGGGCCGCAGCAGACGCUCGGCCACGGCGAGCCUCUGGACCCCCGCUUCAGCAACUCGGAGAUCGAGUGGGUCACGAAAGAGCAGGGGGGGACGCUCCUCUACGGUCUGCUCGUGCGGGUGGAGUGAGCCCCCGUGGACCGGACCCUGGACACGGUCUUGAGACUUUCGAUAACUUGACAACCAAAUCCAAGCCCUGCCUUUGAGACACAGACUCCUCUGGGAUCCACUCGAUCCAAAAGAUUGUUGACAUUUUCCACUUUGGCGGUUUCAUAGAACAACAGACACUGCCUGCACUUUAUGUUUUUUGACAAUAUUUAUUUUUUUUAAUUCGACUAAAAAGCAACUACACAUUUUUGUUUGUUGAGUAAACAGACAGACAACCCCCCCCCCCAAAAAAAAAAACGUCUCCUCUACCCCAAGCCUGACAUCAUUUUUCACAUGCAAAAAAAAAAAAAACCCAGAAAAAAACUUUUUUUUAUUUUAAGAGUGAACUUUUACGGUUGGAUUGUUUACACAUCUUGUUGUUAUUGUCCCAUUUUCUCACGAAGCUGACCGUCCGUCGUUUUUUUUUUCAGCAGCUGUUUUUGUUGACGGAUUGUGUCUGGAGGAAAGUAUUUGAAACGAGCAGCUGGGAUCUGAGCUAGAUCCAAAGAGAUUUGUUCGACGAAACAAAAAAAAAAACAACAACUUCCAAUCAAAAAUGUGAAAAAAAUGUUUUAUGGGUAAUUCAUGGCCCAACGCUGCUUUAUAAAUUUUGCUUUCCGGUAUGUUUCAUUGUAUAUAAUAUCUUCCUGGUUUAUAUAAAUGUAUAUAUUGGGAAAAAAAAUAAACUGACAGUAUGCACA